AUGAAUAAAGGUUUUUGGCUAACGGGAGGAGAAAAGUUUGAGCAACCCGAUUUCAAAUAUGAAAAAGCCCCUAAUUACUUGGAAUUAGGCUCGAAUGCUUGGGAUAUCACCGAAGCCGAAAUCAUAGAAAUCGAGGAACAUUACGACGGCCAAGAAAAUACGGGAGGAGACACAGUCCGACCAGCUAGCACCUCCGUUUACAUUAAAAAAGGUAGUCGAGUAGAAAACGAAGCCACGGGCAUAAAUUAUUUAGAGCCAGCCAUUAAGGCUCUCCCGUCUGAUGCUAUUAAACGAAAAGACGAUGAUAAAUAUUGUUUUAAUUCCAACCCGAAAUAUUUUGAUAUUGGCUUAACUUACCCAGAAGAAUUAGGCAGAAGUGGGUAUGUAAUGUCCCCUUCAAUUUUUCCGAGAGAAAAGAGUUAUCGUGGCUUUAAAUUUUUCUUCCAUGCUGGGGAAGUGUUAGAAAAAUAUGAGCCUAGUCAUGUCCAUGUUGAGGGACAUGUUCCUAGUUGUCAAAUCAAAGAUAAAGGAAACAUGGCUCCUAGUGAAGUGGCAGGAAUAAAGAAAUUUUUGAAGAAAAACAUGGAUAAAGUUAUGGAUAAGUGA